GCAAACUCUGACAGCAGUGAUGCAGCUAUCAAAACAAACACAGCCAGAGCGUAAAAAAAAAUCAGUAGGAAAAUAUAUCGACCAUGUAAUCGUUCGUGUUGUUUUGUUAUUUUAAUCUUAAUUAUUACAGAGAUUUGCGAAACCUGCACUAUCAUGGAUAGUGGAUACUUUAUCUAGUCAAACGAGUAAGGUUCAAAGUGUAGUGUUACGUAUAGAAAUAGUUUUUCAAACUGAUUGUUUUUGGCGGAAAAUAAUAUAUGGGAAGAGAAGAAUAAUGAGCGAAUCAGACCAUCGUAGAAAAAACCCGUUUGCUGGCCCUGCGCGGGAAGGAAGCAAUCCACCUGAUGCUGGCGACGAUUCCGAAGGUCACGAGAAUGAUGGCGAAAAUCUGGGCGAAGAGGUUCCGUCCGCAAUGACGGAAUCGUACAGUGAAAUCGCUUACACCCAUAACUUGUUCUCUGGUGCAGCGGCUGAAGAAACGGAUGGUGGUGCUAGCAACGGUAACCAGCCGGACGGAUCGUCAUCGUCUUCAUCCUCUUCACAGACAAAGAAACGACCCGAUUCAUUGGUGUGCGAUGGACGAAAAGCCUCGUUUCCGUACAAUCUCGAGGGAACGGUUCGGGUGGAUGGUAACAUGACACACUUUGUGGCAGAAAACCUGGAGUACAAAAUAAAGUUAGCCAGUCCGGUGACGGUGACACGAAAGGAUUCCUGCAAUCUGUCCAGCUCUCGGCAAAGCACACCAUCCGCAGCCACUGGUGGGCUUAGCGGGUUAAGCUUUGCUCCUGGUACCAGUGGCGCUAAUUUAUCGCUUCCCGGAAGUAGUAGUGGUGCUUAUGGGCGAGGAUCGACAGCAUACGGUGGAGGAUAUGUUGCCGCAAAUCCUGCCUCAGCAUCUUCAAUUGAUCCGAACGUGCUAAAUGAAAUCGAGCGCGAAGCUCAAGCACUGGCUGCUUCGGUCGACAAUUUGUCCGAAAGCUUAUGCAGCGUGCUGCAUUCGAUCUCCUCAAUAACGGCGGAUAAUGUGGAGAUUUACAAAAACUCAGUCACGAAACUAACGGACUGCAUGGACGGGAACAUCAAGUGUAUGUACACGAUAAUGGCCAAAGCGGAAGAAAUUUCCAAAACAAUCAAACCGGCAGAAGCUCUAGCUGUUAGAAUACGUGAAAUUAAAAGGCUUGUCGACAUGCUGGAGAGCAAUCUUUAAAAAGGUCCCCGCAAACCGAUAUGCUCGCUGCUGCACUAGCUAAGGAUUGUACAUUCCGCAAAUGGGUAGUAUGUUAUGAGAGAUUAUUUAUUGGUAUUAACCCCCCGAAAUAUUACACAGGAGAAUUAGCCCAUCUCCUCGCUACAUAGAUAGAAGUAAUCGCCAUUGCCACGCAAGGUGCAAACAUAUUCCCUCCGUGCUAUAUUUUAUUACCUUCUUUUAUCCCGCUUUUCACCACGAAAGAGUAUUUUAUUUAACAUCUAAGUUAUUGAGACUUAUGGAAAUCGUUCAUAGUUUUAAAAAAACCCAACCUUUACUCGCCAUGAAAACCAUGAUCACCUAUCGGGUCGGUUUUUAUUAUUAUUUUAAUUAAACGACAAACGCAGAACAAACGAAAAGAAACGAACUUUGCAUAAGUUAACGAAUAAAUAUAAUUGGUGACCCAAAACUGCACAGUGCAUGACCCAAA